GUAAGGAAUGAAGGCGUCACAGCAUUUUGAGCCCAGCCACAGAAUAGUCGUUAAGGAUGAAAUUGAGUUAAAGGUCUGCUGGAGAGCCUUGCAAAGGCAACCUCUUGACCAACUUGACAAAGCCCACAAAGACAUGUAGCCCUGCUUGCUUCGGCAGAGUCCUGAUAGUAUGCGAACAGGGAACGAAGAUUUCAGAAGGAGCAGUUGGAUGUUUUAACAGCUUGGGCUGCUCUACGCAGAAAACUUACGACAUCUGCCUGACAACGUGAUCGACUAAUGUAAAAACCGCUCUUUGGGAGGACAGUCGUAUGCUUGCUGAUAUUACACGCUGCAAUUGCUGGUGGUAAAAGCAUGAAAUUAUUCGAAAACAAAAGCCACCAUCCCGUAAGUGGCAUAGAAAACAUGGGAAGCCUCUUCGACUUCAUUAUGCAAGCGUAUGAGAUGGCUGACUUUACAUACAACCAAACGCUGACAACGAAGGUUGUGGCAUCGACAAAUGAAGACAACGUGACCUAUGUGACCUCGGAGCAAGUGAAAGAGAUUGCUACUGCGUUCCGGAAUAUCACUGUGCGGCACGAAAAUCAGGUCAAACAGGCAUCUUCGAAGACCAAUUGGGGGCCUAAAGCGUUUCGUCAACUGAAGCUACUCUCUUCUUGUGCAGCUGUUCUUAAUGACCACCUUAAAAGUCUAACAUCAGCGAGGGGCUCCAAAAAUCUCCUUAUUUUUCCAGGGACAAAGUGGUGUGGAAAAGGGAAUGUAUCGGAACAUAAAAACGACCUGGGUCCCCUGCGAGGCACUGACCAAUGCUGCCGCGACCAUGAUCACGCCGUAGAAUUCAUCGAACCGCUCUCCAAGAAGUACGGAAUAGUGAACACGCGCUUGUGGCCCAUGACGAACUGCGCUGACGACCAGAAAUUUUAUGACUGCCUGUUGAAUGAUGACAGUGACAGCAACCUGAUGUCGGCAUGCGUCGGAACGAUAUACUUUAACGUACUUGGCGCCCAAUGUUUCAAGCAAACGUACACUGUUACUUGCGUAAAGUAUAAAAGACGGCUUCUUCACGAAACGACGUGCCGAAAAUUCAAGAUUGAUGCAUCAAAACCAACAUGGAAAUUGUCGCAUGCAAAGGACUUCCUUGGUGCCUACCUCGUGAAGUAUUAAUAUGAACCGAUGUACCAGGGUGUAAGGAAAUAAAAAAAGUAAAUAAAUAAGUAAAUGAAUGAAUAAAAGUACGUGGCUGUGAAA